GCGGCACGGCAAAACCUGUGGCGUCCCUCAUCGCACCAGGCUGGGGCCACGAAUUCUAUUUGCGAGUGCCAGGUCACAAGAUGCCGACAACCAGUACAAAAAAACAGGGCUAAGCGAGUUGCAUCGCUUGGCCACCACUUGCUCGAAGGCAGAGGCAUUCGCGAUCAGUUAGGAGGGUGUCGAAACUGCCCGAUGGGCUUGUUGGGCAUUGGAGCCAGCCUCGCUGGCCGACUUCGUGGGUUUCUUAUAUACGCCCGACAGCCCUGUCAUUGACAGUAGCGCGUGAUAUGGUACUCUUCUGUUUCGUCCUCGCCUGACAAUCCUUCAACUGCGCAAAACAGUCCAUUCCGCAGCUGUGAGCAGCCGUCUUCCUGUCUUGCCACGCAAACGGCGACAACGCAUGUUGACAACGCAUGUUGGGUAGAUAGGCUUGCGUCGUGAAACUACCUACGUCGACAGCACCGCCGACAAUAUCAGAAAUAUGAGUAAACAUAGUGCUGCGGCUUCCACAGCGACAAUGAGCCAAAGCCAACGUCGCCAGGAAUCUCGACACCGUCAUUCGUCGACAUACGAUAUGGGAGAAGGUCAAGAGCAAACCCAAAACACAGAUAGCCUAGACUUUGUCCAAACACGGGAAGAUGAGAUGAACAGCAUUCCACCGGCGCAAUCCUUCCGAUCGUUGGCUAUUCGGCGGCGGGAGCCCUAUGAACAGCAUCAACACUUUCUUGACCCGCCUGCUCCAUUCACGAACCCACAUCCACGGGCCGCCGCCUCACUCACCGGGUCAUCGGAUUCGGGGUACGGCUCAUCGUACCCGUCGUCGAAUGGUGCAAACUAUGUCCCGAGACGCUCUGCUGGCCACCCCUCUCAAUAUGGCAUUAUCGACAAUGUUUAUAAUGCACCCCAGAACUUUGACGAAUACCCGCCCGAAACCACAACCUAUGGAUUCAGGCCGAAACAAGAGGAAAAUCAAGCCUGGUACGAGGCGCAGGCCUACAGCUACCCCUCAGCGGGCGGCGAGGAAGUCCCAGACCCCAGUUCAGGCUAUUCGCAGCGUGGGCAUGCAUCGAAAUCCAGCAAGCGAUCCUCUCACAGGGCGUCGCGCAGCGGCACCACCAAAACGCUGCCCAAGGGCUGCCCGAGCGAGUUUGUCGUCUUCCUGCCCAGCAGUCCGGGUUCCUCGGAGCCCUACGUUGCAGCCCGUGCCGUCAUUGACCCCGACUACCAUGGCGACCCCCUGCUCAGCAACGCCCUCUUGCCCCGCGUUGGCAACGUCUUGGUCGAUUGUCACGAAUUCGUGCCCUUCACGGGCGAGCCCAACUCGGAAGACAUCGCUCGGCCACUGCAAGAAAAGGUGAAGCCGUCGGGCUGGGGGAGCUUUGACUACAAAGCCGCGAGAACCGACGGCAGUUACGCAUCUCUGAGAGACAAGUUUCAGUUCUUCGAAGAUCUGAUGCUGCAGGUGUUCAUUUUCGGGCAUGGCGGAAAAAAGGACGAGGGCAAGUAUCCCCAGUGCUUCACAGUCGCGGCGACCCAGAUCGCUGAUGAGCGGGCGCAGAAAGCCAGGGACGACGAGAGGGAGGCGAGAAGGGGGGAGAAGAGGGCAGAACGCGAGAGACGCAAGGAAUCCGACCGCAAGAAGAAACGCGUGUCAACAGUGCCGGAAGAGACAGAAGCUGGGCCUUCAGUGCCGAGGGAGCGGCGUGCACGGUCAAGGCUUGUGAAUGUCGAGACGCCUGAGCUUUCGGGACAGAACUAUGAAGGUCCUUUUGAAGAUGAGACGCAAGACAAGCACGGUAAAAAAAGCCUGGGCUUCGGUCUAUUUAAGAAGCAUAAGUAG